CACUUCUUCCGCCUAAGGAGUGAGUUUGAGGCGUGAUUCUUCGUUCUGCGGACAUUUUAUGUCUGAGGAGAUUAUAAAAAAAAAACUUAAUACUAAUUACUAAUUAUAACUGUAGAUGUGAAUAAUUUGAAUCAAACUGAAAAUGAUGCGGGGAAUGUGUUUCGGACUUGUUGUGUUUGCUGCUUUGGCUGUAACAUUCGUUACCUCACAAAGUUGGUCUGGAAACUACCAAAGGCGAUAUGGAGUGACCGGUUACACAUCGGUCUGGUAUUGUCGAUGCCGUUACUGGUACCGUUGGUGGUGGGGAUUUGGAUGGUAUAGACGAUCGUGGUGUCCCGCCUACAGCUAUUACCGCCGUGCUGUGUAUGGCUAUAUCUACUGGUGUAAAGCUGGUUGGACACAUAACGGCAAUCGGAACUGCAAUAUACCUAUUUGUCGGCCAACAUGUAGGAAUGGUGGGACAUGUGAAUCUCCAAAUGUAUGUGAUUGCCCUAGUACGUCAACUGGUGGAUCAUGUCAGACACUAACAUGUUCCUAUCGACGCCCCUGUUAUCCUGGGGACUGUGAAGCCAAUUCAUGCAAGUGUGAACCCUCGUUUUAUUCCACAAACCCAUCCGACGGAUGCAUUAAUAUAAACAGCACUGCGGAGGAGUUUCGCCCAGAAAUCGUCCAAAGCAAUGUAACUCUGUCCCACAUUCGGCGCUCUGAUAAUGAGACGCAGUUUAUGUUCACUGUGGUCGGGAAGGAUGAAAAUGACUUCACGCUUGUGUGGAGCAAUCAAAAGCGUUUCAACAACCUGAGGUUCGAAUUUGAUACAUUGAUCGACACCCCUGAAAUCCCAGAAAGACCUGUUUAUGUCCAUGAUGCUAAAAUUGGAAUCAUUGCAAGCAGUAUUGAGGCAUCUGUAAGCAAAAUACCACGUAAUGGGGGCAACAAUCGAUACAUAGCUUCCAACAAAACCUACAACUGUGAGACUGGUAUAAGCAAUGAUACUCCUGCAGUAGAGAAGGACACUUGUGAAAUCAACGAUGAAAACUUUGCGACCUUGAUUGAACAUGGAGAUAUUCUUCUUCUAAAGUUUCGAUCGCGUAGCGGUGGAUUUCAAAAGCUUAUAAACAUCGAUGACCAAGGCAAACCUUUUGCAACCAAAUAUUACAAUGGACUUCAAGCCGAGGAAAAAUUGGAGUUUCGAUUCGACUUUGUUGUACCCGAGCACUGUUCUUUAGAAUCCGGGUCGUGCCCUUCCAAGCCACUUGACAUAGACAAAGAGUUCACAAGGACACCCUUCAAAGCCCUUUGGUCAGGUUGGACAGAUGCUAUGUCUGGCAUGUGGCAGUAUUAUUUGGAGGUGUUUAAACUUACACCCAACAAAGAUGGAAGACUUGAAGAGGCCACGCCCAUUGACCCAGUUUACAACAUAACGCUGAACCACACAAGCGGAAUAAUGUCUAGUUCAUACACGCCCAGCGAACCUGGAAUGUAUAGUGUGCUCUUAAAAGUCUCCGAUAUGGCAAAUAAUUCUCGAAUCGCUCGGCGCUUUGUUCUUUACGAUCCUGUAUCCGAAAUAGCUGUGAGCAACGAAAGUGACAAGAAGCUGUACAUCUCGAGUGCUGUCGAGGAGACUGGAUACGCUUGGCAAACGCGUUCAAACAAUGAAGAUAACAAGGUUACUGUGGAUGUGAGAUGGGAUGGACACUUUGCGAACAAACUGCAUGAAGACGGGAAAUAUCUUGCUGACAUCGAGAAGUAUCCAAUCCAGUUCAAAGACAUAGAAGAUGAUGGAAUAUUAAUGAGUUUAAAGUUUGUGGCCGACUCUCUUGAUGACGACAAGGGUGAUCGUUCACGUCAAGCAAUUCCUAACUACCAUGGUAUCGUCAAGUUUGAAGUCGCUUACGAUCAAUCGGUUUCAGAGGAAAUGCCAACUGCAGGAUGGUCAAAAAUCACUCUUCAGGAAAGAAUAUCCACGCAAAGAAUUCUUGUAGAUGGCGACCGUUUGCGCGUAUGGGUCAGAGCUACUGACGUUAUGGGAAAUACAAAGACGGACUCGACGUUCAUGAGAAUUGACGGAUCUCCGCCGACCAUUUCAAGCGAAAAUAGCUCUGAUCAUAGCAUUAAAUUGAAUGUUGUCGAUGGGGCAUACAAACAUGCAUCAAGAGUUAAUUUUUUGGCGUCUGAUAGACAAAGUGGAGUACACAAAAUUGGAAUAAAACUAACAGUGAAAUUGCCUGGGAAGGAUGACAUGGUCACAUACGUCAAUUUUACAGAAUCAAGGAGAGGGGACGACAAAAAUGAUCCAAGGUGUAUCGGUUUCGACAAGAACGGGUUGUGUCUACUUCCUACACAGAUUGUGGAUAUUGACAACUGCUGGCUGACUGUUAGCAAGGAUGACCUGGUGUCAGCUUCAGGCGAGCUAGAGAUCACAGCCUACAACCAAGCAAUGCUUACAUCAACCACUACAUUUGAUAUGGGUCUAUUGACAGAUCUUAAUGGUUUGAAAACAUACACUGGUCCAACGAACAUGAGAAUUGAAGACAAGUCACCCACUGCUUUCCGGCUUGCAUGGGACCUGCCAGAUUCCGAGUCUUGUUAUGGGGCAUCAAACAUUGUCAUUAUUUUAACCUUUAAGGACUUGAAUGGCAAUAUUCAAAUCAAAUCGUUUGAAACUCCAAGUACUGCGACUUAUUUUGAUUUUCUUGGACUUGACCCUGAGGUGGAGUACAAUCUAGGGUUAAAGAUAAAAUCCGAUGGUGGAACCCCCCAACAAUUCGGAGAAGACCUUUCCGUUGUUACGCCGAAAGAAGAACUAAUAACUGGAGGGUUUUCAACUGGCGCUGUGGUCGGAAUUAUAGUUGGUAUACUUGUGCUGUGUGUGUUGGUGGUUGUCGUUCUUUUCUUCCUCUCACGUCGCGGAAUUAUCAACAUUCAACCGCAACGUAAGAUGGGUGAGAUGCGCCGAGCCGUCACAAAGCGAGUACGUGAAUCGAGAUUUUUUGCGUCAGGGUCUGCUGAUGGACGUUUACAUUCGAACCAGGCGUAUGAUAAUCGCCAGAGUGAGCUGUACUUAUACGGGGGGAUGGAAUUCAAUUCAUCCAGUAAGGGCUACAUUAGUAGGGACCAGAUAACAUUUGAAGAGCUUUUGAAGAGCGGUCACUUUGCGAACAUAUACCGAGCAAGUUACAAUGGACAAAUCGUUGUGGCUAAGACUCUGAAAGAGCAUUUUACGAGGGAUGACGAGCUACUGAUGAGGGCGAAAAUGAACUUCUCGUCCGACCGAGGCGAUCAUCCGAACGUAAUCAAAUUUGUCGGCGCUGUCGUGGAUGAUGCCACUAUGGGUCCAAUUAUCAUCUAUGAGUAUUGUGAAAACGGGACACUAAGGGAUUAUCUUGAGAAAAGCAGAACUAACGUGACAGUGCAGUUGCAAGAAAAUCUCUUCCGCUUUGGACUUGAUAUCGCUAAAGGCAUGGAAUUUCUAGCCGAUAGAGGGGUGACACAUCGACGUCUUGCUGCACGGAACAUCCUCCUGAAUUUCCUCAUCGAGGUAAAGAUUGCCGGAUUUGGACCUCAACCGGAAGGCGAAGAGGAUGGUGGAGACGCUGAAACGGGAAAGAAGGAACGAAUCCCAAUCAAAUGGAUGGCACCUGAGUGUAUGACAUCAACAAAGAAGGCCAACGAAAGAAGUGAUAUUUGGUCGUACGCUGUUGUUCUGUGGGAAAUUUUCUCUCUUGGUGACACGCCAUACACGGGUAAAAGCCGCGAUCUUCCCCAGCGUCUGAAAAGAGGCGAUCGUCUCGGAAGACCGGAGCACUGUGAUGACAUAUGGUAUAAGGUGAUGCAGCAUUGUUGGGAGUACGACCCAAAGAAAAGACCUCGAUUUUCGGCAGUUCGCGAGCAACUUGACACGCUUUUUGUCAAUUCUCCAGGAGACGAAUUUUAUUACUACAAACGCUGAUUAGUAUAAAAUUUGAAAGACAGUAGAUGUGUAUUAGAUGUUAUAUUAAAAGGUUAUGCAAUCGUUUCAUUCACUCAGUAUUCUCUCUUCCUCGAUCUUUCGGAAGCAUAUGGGGUUUUUUUUAUUUACGUUUACUCUAACAAACCGCUAUGCAUUUUAAACGCUAUGUUAAAGUGCAUUUGCAUAAAACUAUUUAUAUGAAAACGUUUCAACAAGUCCAGUAGUCGACAGUUUAUACAUUUACAUCAUUUAAUGGCACAGGGUCAACACCUAUGACAUAGAACUCAAAAACAAACAAUCACAAACCAGAAACAUGAACACAAAACACCACAAACAACACACUACAUAUAUAAUAUAUAAAACUAGGGUAUGUUUAUCAAGGAUUGAUCAGGUACCGCCUUUAAACGGUCAGAAAUGCAUCCGUAUUUUACUAUAAGAUACCUUAAAUUUCUUACGUGCAUUUUAAUUUGAAAAUUCUGAUCUGAAUAAUAGCGUAGGUUUUAUAAAAGUUUCGUUUUUUAUUGUUUCGUUGUCAAUGUAUCACGUACAUAUUCGUUUUUAAGCGCACACUUUCAUUAUUUUAUCCCCAUUACGCAUUUAUUCUAUUUAUUCUAUUUAUAUUUGCUUGACAAUAUACGUAAUCGAUUGUUUACAUUUUUUCAAUAAGACUUUUAUGUUUGUUUAGUUGUUAAUGUCACUUAAUUAUUGUAAGAUGUGUUUUAAAAACUGAUAAAUCCUACUCGCAUUUUGCUUUAUGAUUUGAUUUAUGAAUUCGACUAAGGCUUAUAUAUAAAGCAAGUAUUAGCCGGAUGAUUUUAGAAGGGUAUGUUAUAGCAUAACAUGUCGGUUUUCGAUCAGUUAUAGAGUUGUGAUGGUUUGACCAGUAUUUAUUUCCGAUCGUAAUACAUCAAAUCAUGAGCAUUGAAACAGAUUAAUAACGACAGAAAACUUAUAUGAUAGUGCAUUCAAAUAUAAUCUAGUACAAUUCUUACAAAAGUAUACAUUAUACAGAGCUAUGAUAUAACCAGAAUAUUUUUUCCGAGUUUCUCUUUUUUGAGAGUUUGGUUUCAGAUGAUUAGCCAGGAUUUUACGAAAAAUGUAUAGUGUUCAACUCAACAAUAUGCCGAUAAGGAUCCGCUUUUUGUUUUAGUUAUUACCUGACAUAUGACUUAUUGUUUUGGAAACAGGCUGUAGAAAGUUUGGAAUUAUCCAUCACAUGCAAACGGUCAAUAAAUGAUUUCAUUUGGACAAACAAGUGACAACAAUUACAUCCAGAAUUGCAUUUAAAAUCCUCACCCAUUCAAACGAUUUUUUUUAUUUCAAGCUUACAAAUCUAGAAACCGACGUUUGAGUUCAAACAUAUCACAGUUUAAUAUUUGUGAUAAGGUAGCCUGCGUUUUUAUAAUUAUAUUUAACCCAAACUUAUUGAUGUGUAUUAAGUAAAUGACACAAACAACCCGAAAAUGACUUUUGUUUUGUUUCAUUGUCUUGGACCUGUCAUACUCUUAACCAAAACUGUUUGAAGUUGAAAGUUAUUGAUGUCAAGCAGGUGAUUUAUCUUGCAGGUUUAUUUGUAUCAUUACAAGGGCAUUUCUUCAGUUUUAAUACCCAUGGGUCAAUUUUGCGGUUCUCUGUAUAAGUUUACAUCUUCAAAACGGUGUAUAAACUCUAUAUAUGUAUUCAAAUUUGUUUUUCCAUUCUCAUAAAUUACUUUUAUUAUAUUCUACUUAGUUGUAUAAAUACAUUUGAAUA